AUAUAGUCGAUGAUUUAGCCAACUAAAUUGGUAGCUAAAGGGUAGCUAGCAGCGUCGCCAUGGCGAGCAGGAAAAGUUCGCACUCUAAAAGAAGCGACGGGGACAAAUAUUCAGUAUUGUUGCCCACUUACAACGAAAGGGAAAACAUUUCUUUGAUCGUGUGGCUUUUGGUGAAAUAUUUCGAUGAAAGUGGUUACAAAUACGAGAUUAUCAUCAUCGAUGACGGAAGCCCAGACGGGACAUUGGAGGUGGCGAAACAACUGAAAACAAUUUAUGGAGAGGACAAAAUUCUUCUACGACCAAGACCGUCGAAAUUAGGCCUGGGGACUGCUUACAUCCAUGGUAUGAAGCACGCCACUGGAAACUUCGUCAUCAUCAUGGAUGCUGAUCUCUCCCAUCAUCCCAAAUUCAUUCCAGAGUUUAUCGAGAAGCAGAAAGAAGGCGAUUACGAUUUAGUGUCUGGCACUCGUUACCGAGGCAACGGCGGUGUCUACGGUUGGGACCUGCGUAGGAAGCUCAUCAGCCGAGGUGCCAACUUCCUGACUCAAGUUAUGCUGAGGCCGGGCGCUUCGGACCUCACGGGCAGCUUCAGACUGUACAAGAAGGACGUCCUGGAGAGUCUGGUUGAACGCUGCGUGUCCAAAGGUUACGUCUUUCAAAUGGAGAUGAUUGUCCGAGCCAGACAGCUCAACUACACCAUUGGAGAGGUUCCCAUCUCCUUCGUAGAUCGCGUCUACGGCGAGUCCAAGCUAGGAGGGAACGAGAUUGUGUCGUUCGUGAAAGGACUGCUCACGCUCUUCGCCACCACAUAAUCCCUCAUGUGGUAUACCGUAUGUAGUAUCAUGCAUACUGCUGACUCUGCAAUACCGUGUUGCUAUCAUGUUGGCACUAAAUAGAUUAUAUGUUCAUCGUUGUAGGUACAUCAUCAUGGUUUGUACUAUACUGUACGUUUUUUAGAGCGCUUGUCGUUAGGGUCAAGCUGAGCUGGAGCCUAUCCCAGCAGACACUGGACUGGUCACAAGCCAGUCACAGCACACAUACUGUAUUUACAAACCAGCAUUCACACCCAUGGAUAGUUUAUGCUACUCAGUUAACGUAAACCAAUUUUUGGGCAGGUAGAAGAAAAUCCACAGAGGCAAAAGGAGAACAUGCAAAGUCCGCGCAGAUUCAAAGCCAGAUCUCUUGUGAUUCCUGAUGUAUGUAAUAUUAACGGUUGACUUUUCUUUAGCAAAGCAAUCAUGUAUAUUUUUUAAAUAAAAUCAAUCUUCCAAAACGUCAGUUUACCAUG